CCGUCUGUUCCCCGCAACCCCCCGAAACACACGAAGAAUUCCUCGCCGGCGGAGCACAUCGGAGGAGCGAUCCGAGCCCCGCGGGGGAGGGCUCGGAGGAGCCGAGCACCCCGCCGGCGGUGAUGAUCGGCGGGCAGGCGGAGGCGCCGCUCGCGUCGGCGUCUUGCUCCUCUUCAACGUCGUCGUCGUCGUCCUCCUCCUCCUCGCCGUCGGCCUCGUCGGGGCGGCGCGGGCGGCGGCGGCCCGACAUACUCUCCAUGCUCCGGAGUGCAGUGUGUCUUGAUUCAUCAUCUUCUGAUACUGGAAGGGGACGGAGUAAGUUGUCAACCAACAAGGUAACACAUGGAUUUCAUCUAGUGGAGGGAAGAUCUGGCCAUGACAUGGAAGAUUACCAUGUAGCAGAGUAUAAGUAUGAAAAUGAUCAUGAACUGGGUUUGUUUGCCAUUUAUGAUGGCCAUUUGGGAGAUAGUGUGCCCAGCUAUUUGAAAGCGAAUCUUUUUAACAACAUACUGAAAGAGCCUCUCUUCUGGACGAAUCCCCAAGAAGCAAUUAAAAAUGCAUACAGCUUGACAAACAAGUAUAUUCUGGAAAAUUCUAAACAGCUAGGACCAGGUGGUUCAACUGCAGUUACAGCCAUUGUAGUUGAUGGUAGGGAUAUGUGGAUAGCAAAUGUAGGUGAUUCAAGGGCUGUUGUGUGUGAAAGAGGAGCUGCUAAUCAACUUACUGUAGAUCAUGAACCCCACACAACAAAUGAACGGAAGAGGAUUGAAAAGCAGGGUGGUUUUGUUUCUACUUUCCCUGGUGAUGUUCCUCGAGUAAAUGGCCAACUUGCUGUUGCCAGAGCAUUUGGUGAUCAGAGCCUCAAGGCACACUUGAGCUCAGAACCAGAUGUUAAACAUGUAGCCAUAGACUCGAGUGUAGAGUUUGUCAUACUCGCUAGUGACGGAUUAUGGAAGGUAAUCAAGAACCAGGAAGCUGUCGAUCUGGUGAAGUCUAUCAAGGACCCACAGGCCGCAGCAAAGCGAUUAACAUCGGAGGCCCUCGUGAAGAUGAGCAAGGAUGACAUUUCGUGCAUCGUCAUCCGUUUCCAGUGCUGAAUAUCAUACCAUCCAGCCAGUGAGCCUGCAUCGUCCUCGCCAUGCAUCAUGCUGCACUCAGAAGUGGUUAUUUCGUAUUCUGGCUACAUGUGCACUCAGAAGUGGUUAUUUCGUAUUCUGGCUACAUGUGCCAGAUCUCUGUAGACCGUGUGGCUUGUGGCUUCUGGAUUUCUAGUAUUAGCUUAUGAUUGGAGAGGACAAAACUUUUAGCCAAACAACGCGAAAGGAAAAGAAAGUUAGGUUUGGGUGUCCAUUUUUAUGUGUAUAUAUAUAUAUAUAUAUAUAUGCAUACACGUCAGAGCGGUAGCUUUCCUCUGAUGAAAAGAAAUAAGUUCAGUUAUGGACGUGCAGAUUGUUGUAAACUUGUAAUCGUGUUGUGAUGAUGUUAAUGCGUUGUGUUUGUGUUUAACUCUUUGCGGAUAUGUGCACCGUACCCAUCUGAAGUAAAGAUUGUAUUGUUGUCGUUCA